AUGGCCUGUGGUGGUGGCAAGCAUCUGCUCUUCCUCGCUGUGGCGUGGGUACUGCUGGCUCACCUCUGUAGCCAGUCAGAAGCUGCAGGCAACUACGACUGCUGCCUCAAUUACACAAAGCAUGUUUAUCCUUCCAGAGCUAUCGUGGGUUUCACAAGACAGAUGGCUGACGAAGCCUGUGACAUUAAUGCUAUCAUCUUUCACCUGAAGAACAAAAGAUUGGUGUGUGCUGACCCAAAGCAGCGAUGGGUUAAAAAUGUCGUGCACCAACUCAGCCUAAAAGUCAAGAAGAUGUAA